AUGGCCCAGACCCCCGACGGCAUAUCCUGCGAGCUGCGAGGCGAGAUCACCAAGUUCCUGUGGCCCAAGGAGGCAGAACUGCUGCUGAAAACCUGGUUGCCAGAGCGGGAGGGCGCCGAGCAAGGUCAUGUCCUGGCGCUGCUCCGAUGGAGAGCCUACCUGCUCCACACCUGCCUCCCUCUGAGGGUGGACUGCACAUUCAGCUACCUGGAGGUCCAGGCCAUGGUGCUGCAGGAGACACCCCCUCAGGUCACCUUUGAGCUGGAGUCCCUGCCUGAACUGGUCCUGGAGUUUACUGGUGUGGCUGCCCUGGAACAGCUGGCCCAGCACAUCGCUGCUGCCAUCAGGAAGGUCUUCCCUCGCUCAACCCUUGGGAAACUCUUCCGGAGGCCCACCCCCCGCUCCAUGCUGGCUCGGCUGGAGAAAAACAGCUCCUCAGAAGCCACCUCACCCAGCAGCCCCUGUGGGGGCUUCUCGGAGACAUACGAGGCCCUGUGUGACUACAAUGGCUUCCCUUUCCGAGAGGAGAUUCAGUGGGACGUGGACACCAUCUACCAUCGUCAGGGCUGCCGCCAUUUCAGCCUAGGAGACUUCAGCCAUCUGGGAAGUCGGGACCUGGCCUUGAGUGUGGCUGCCCUGUCCUACAACCUCUGGUUCCGGUGCCUCUCCUGCGUGGACAUGAAGCUGAGCCUUGAGGUCUCAGAACAGAUUCUGCACAUGAUGAAUCAGUCAUCCCACCUGGAGGAGCUGGUGCUGGAGACCUGUGGCCUGAGGGGAGACUUUGUCCGGCGACUGGCCCAGGCACUGGCAGGACACAGCAGCUCGGGACUGCGGGAGCUCAGCCUGGCCGGGAACCUGCUGGAUGACCGAGGUGUGGCUGCCCUUAGCAGACACCUAGAGAAGCAUCCUGGAGCCCUGAGGAGACUCAGCCUAGCGCAGACUGGGUUGACGCCGCGAGGAAUGAGGGCUCUAGGCCGGGCACUGGCUUCCAAUUCAGCCUUUGACUCUGCCCUGAUCCACUUGGACCUUUCCGGGAACCCUGGGGCACUGGGGGCUUCGGAGGACCAUGGGGGCCUCUAUAGUUUCCUGAGCCGUCCUAAUGUUCUGACAUUCCUGAAUCUCGCAGGCACCGACACCGCCCUGGACACUGUGAGGGGGUGGUCAUUGGGGGGGGGGGUGAUCCAUAGGGCUGGGGGCCUGUGGCCCAAGGGGCUACUGAAGUGGGGGGCGCUCAGUCCUCCUGCCGGUGUAGCCCACACCCUCCUCUCGCAGCUCUUCGGGGCGCUGUCCCGCGGUGGCUGCUCCAGCCUGGUGCACCUCGACGCCUCGAGGAACGUCUUCUCCCGCACGAAGUCCCGGGCGCAGCCCGAUGCCCUGCAACUCUUCCUCAGCCGCACCGGGACGCUUCGGUACCUGGGCCUGGCGGGCUGCAAACUACCACCCGACGCACUCAGGGCGCUUCUGGAAGGCCUGGCGCUCAACACGCACCUGAAUGACCUACACCUGGACCUCAGCGCGUGUGAGCUGCGCUCUGCGGGUGCUCAGGUGAUACAAGACUUAGUGUGUGAUGCUGGUGCAGUAAGCUCCCUGGAUCUGGCAGAUAAUGGCUUUGGCUCAGACAUGGUGACUCUGGUGCUGGCCAUCGGGAGGAGUCGGUCCCUGCGACACGUGGCGCUUGGAAGGAACUUCAACGUCCGGUGCAAGGAGACCCUGGACGACGUCCUGCACCGGAUUGUUCAGCUCAUGCAGGAUGACGACUGUCCCCUGCAGUCUCUGUCCGUGGCUGAGUCACGGCUGAAGCUAGGCGCCGGCGUCCUGCUCCGGGCCCUGGGCACCAAUCCUAACCUGACAGCCCUGGAUAUCAGCGGCAACGCCAUGGGGGAUACGGGUGCCAAGAUGCUGGCCAAGGCGCUUCGGGUCAACACGAGGCUCCGGUCUGUGGUCUGGGACCGAAACCACACAUCUGCUCUGGGCCUGCUGGACGUGGCACAGGCCCUGGAACAGAACCGCAGCCUGAAGGCCAUGCCUCUGCCUCUGAACGAUGUGGCCCAGGCUCAGCGCAGCCGUCCUGAAGUGACAGCACGGGCCGUGCAUCAGAUCCAAGCCUGUCUCUUGAGGAACAACCGCACAGACCACACCUCUACCGAUGGCGCCUCCCGCCCGAAGCCCCUGGGUCUGGGGUCAGACCCCUCCGAGCAGGAAGUGAAUGAACUGUGUCAGUCGGUGCAGGAGCACGUGGAGCUGCUGGGCUGUGGGGCUGGACCCCAGGGUGAAGCUGCUGUGCACCAGGCUGAGGAUGCCAUCCAAAACGCCAACUUCUCUCUCAGCAUUCUCCCCAUUCUCUAUGAGGCUGGGAGUUCCCCAAGCCACCAGUGGCAGCUGCGGCAGAAGCUGGAAGGCCUGCUGGGACAGGUGGGAGAGGUGUGCCGCCGGGACAUUCAGGACUUCACUCAGGCCACACUGGACACAACAAGAAGCCUCUGUCCACAGACAUUGCAGGGUCCCAGGUGGAGGGAGCAGCUAGAGGGGGUCCUCGGGGGCUCAAGGGGUCUCCCAGAGCUGCUCCCAGAGCACCUGCUGCAAGAUGCCUUCACUCGGCUCAGGGACAUGCGCCUGUCAGUCACAGGGACCUUGGCAGAGAGCAUUGUGGCUCAGGCUGUGGCAGGUCUGAGUGCAGCCCGGGAUCGGCUGGUGGAGAGUCUGGCUCAACAGGCAACAGAGGCAAUGCCCCCUGUCAUACCGGCACUAGAUGGAGACGAGUCCAGCCCCCUUGGGCCUGGAGAAUUGGAAGGUCUUUUCUUUCCUGAGGAGAAAGAAAAGGAAGAUGAAGAGGAGCAGAAGGAUGAAAGUCCUCCACAGAAAUGGCCUGAAGCCCUCCACUGUCUUCACGUGGACUCCUCCACUCACAGUGCUGCUGAGGAGCCGGAGCCCGAGCUGGCGGCUCCGGGGGAAGAUGCAGAGCCGCAGGCGGGGCCAUCCGCUCGUGGCUCGCCGAGCCCCGCCGCCCCUGGGCCCCUGGCCGGCCCGUUGCCGCGCAUGGACCUGCCACCCUCCGGGCAGCCCCUGCGCCAUCCAACCCGGACCCGACCACGGCCGCGGCGCCAGCACCACCACCGCCCGCCGCCGGGGGGCCCCCAGGUGCCCCCAGCCCUGCCGCAAGAAGGGAAUGGGCUCAGUGCCCGCGUGGAUGAGGGCGUGGAGGAAUUCUUCUCCAAAAGGCUGAUCCACCAGGAUCGCCUCUGGGCCCCUGAGGAGGACCCAGCAGCCGAGGGGGGUACCACCCCUGUCCCCCGUACACUUCGCAAGAAGCUGGGCACACUCUUUGCCUUCAAGAAGCCUCGUUCAACACGUGGGUCACGACCUGAUCUUGAGACCAGCCCUGGAGCAGCUCCCCGCUCUCGAAAAACCACACUCGGGGACUUGCUUCGGCCACCAGCCCGUCCUGGCCGUGGUGAGGAGCCUGCUGGGGCUGAGGGGGGCACCGGCAGCCCAGACCCAACCCGCAGGAGUCGCCCUCGAUACACCCGCGAAAGCAAGGCUUACUCCCUGAUACUGCUCCCUGCUGAAGAGGAGGAGACAGUGGGUGCCAGGCCCGACAAGCGGCGGCCCCUGGAGCGGGGAGACACAGAGCUGGCCCCAUCCUUUGAGCAGCGAGUACAAGUAAUGCUGCAGAGGAUCGGCGUGAGCAGAGGCAGUGGGAGCACCGAAGGCAAGAGGAAGCAAAGCAAAGAUGGAGAGAUCAAGAAGGCUGGCUCAGAUGGUGACAUUAUGGACAGUUCCACAGAGGCUCCUCCUAUCUCGAUCAAGUCUCGCACCCACUCUGUGUCUGCUGACCCUUCAUGCAGACCUGGGCCAGGGAGCCAAGGGCCCGAGUCUGCCACCUGGAAGACACUGGGGCAGCAGCUGAACGCUGAGCUCAGGAGCCGUGGUUGGGGCCGACAGGAUGGUCCAGGCCCCCCGUCCCCAUGUCCCAGCCCAAGCCCCCGAAGAUCCAGCCCUUCCCCAGACAGCCUGGGCCUUCCAGAGGAUCCCUGCUUAGGCUCCAGGAACGAAGAUGGCCGGCUGAGGCCGCAGCCCCGCUUGGCAGGGCGACGAGCAGUGUCUGUGCAUGAGGACCAGCUCCAGGCCCCUGCUGAACGGCCCCUGAGGCUACAGCGCUCCCCUGUCCUCAAGCGCAGGCCAAAGCUUGAGGCACCUCCAUCUCCAAGCCUAGGAUCUGGCCUUGAAGCCGAGCCUCUACCCCCCCAGUCUACAGAGCCCUCCAGCCCACCCUCCCCAGCCACAAACCAAAGAGGCGGCGGCCCCAACCCCUGACCUCUUCCUUUCUGCCGCAUGAGAUUAUUUUAUUAAAAAACUCGAAGGAA